UAUCAACUAUCCUUGCCAAUGCAAAGACAACAAACGACUUACAUAGAUCAUAUGUGUAUAGAAUUAAAACCAUUUAUAGGAUAACGAUAAACAAUGGAAUCUCUGAUGUCAAAAAGAAAUUUCCAGGAACUGAAAGAGAAAGGUUAUACAGUUGUUCCAAAUGUUAUCAGCCACAAAGACUGUGAUAUCUAUGUAAGCCAAUACAAAGAUUGGCUAAAGCAGUUUAAAAAUGGACGAUGGCCACACAACAUGUAUUCAUGUAUACAACGAUACAAGAUAGCUCACAUGGAACCGUCGUGGAAGGUCCGACUUGCGUCUAAAAGAGUUUUUGAAGAAGUGUGGAAAACGGAUCAACUUCUUUCAAGCUAUGAUGCAGUUGCUGUUGCUCGUCCCCCAGAAGAACUUGACGACCCCAAUGAUGUACUAAACGGCUUCUGCAAAGAAAAUCAAGGGUGGCUUCACUGUGAUCAAGGCUAUCUUAGAGAUGGACUGCAUGCAUAUCAAUCCGGUGUCUAUCUGGAAGAAGCUGAUGAACAGGAUUGGACUUUAGAGGUUCUCGAAGGCUCACACAAACUCCAUAAUGACUUCUUUGAGCAGUCCCCAAGAGCUAGGAUCAGAAGCGCUCUAAAUGAUUUCUAUCGUUUGAUAAAAACGGACACUGAAUGGUACAACAAAGCAGGCUGCAUCAGAAAAAGAAUUGCCGUUCCUAAAGGUGGAAUGGUUCUUUGGGAUUCACGACUAAUACAUGCAAAUGCCCGACCGUUAAGUGGUCGACCUUGCAAGGACAGGUGGCGGUUUGUUGUGUUCGUCUGUAUGGCGCCGAAAUCGUGGUCAAGUUAUCAAAGUUUACAAACCAAAAAGGAGGCCUACGAAAACAUGCGGAUGACGACUCACUGGCCUAGCAAUGACAUUGGGUUAAUGUCAGAAAGAUUACCAGACGACAUACCAGAUGAAAAUCCAGAACCAUUAAAAGAACUUCCCGAAAUUGCCAAAACAGCAGAAGCUAAAAUGCUCGCUGGUGUUAUUCCCUAUCCAAACGAAAAAUCCUCUGAAAAGAGAGGGCCAGCUGUACCACAAUGGCGUCUAGUGAGUGGAAAACAGUUGAAUCAUGAUACAUACUAUCUUGAUUACAAACAAUUAUUUAAACUUUUAACAAUUUUCUUUCUUUUUAUUGCUAUCUGUAUUGGAGUUUUUGUGCUUUGAAUAAACAACUACUUUUUUUUUACAAAAUUUGUAACACCCAGUACAUGCCAGAACCAUCUUAGCCCAUGAAUUUAAACUUUAUGGUCAUUGAAUAAUUUAAAACUUUUUGAAGGGGCUCUAGAAGAUCUCUGGAUGACCAUCUUAGUCCAAGAUUCAUAACUUUAUUGUCAUCAUUUAUGUGCUUUGAAUAAACAUUAUUCUUUAGAAAAUUUAUGAUACAAAUUAGUGCUCAUUUUAAUAAUUUAAUACUCAUUUCAUGAUGGGGCCAAGGCCAUCUCUGAAUAGACAUCUUAUUCAACGGUUCAUGACUUCAUACCAGGUAGGUGGAUAAUCCAAGGAGAGGACUUGUGAUCUACAGUGGUAGAAAAUUAGCAAUGACAUAAGUUUCUAGUGCUCAGUUAAAAGAAUUAAAAUAUUAAAUCUUGCAUGUUAA